GAAACUUUGCACUGCUGCCACCAUCAUCACGCAUUCACGCUCAACAUUGCAACUCUGCAAGCAAAGAGAUACUGAUCACUGAUCAGGGAUCGCCAUAUCGGCCAGUGAUGGUGAAGGCGCCUCUCCACUCCUCAUCCUCGGCCGCAGCCGCCGCGGCCACCUUCUCGUUGGUCGCCAAGAAGGCGCGGCUCUCGCCGUUCAUCCUGCUCUCGCUGCUCUUCAUGCUCCUCUUCUCCUUCCUCUACGGAGAGGAGCUCGCGGCGCUCAUCGGCCAGCGAGCUGGUCGACGUUCAGCAGACCUCGAUGUUGACGUCAACCGUGAGCAUCAGCAACCGGCCGGGGUGGAGGAUGGGUGGAAGAGGAAGAAGAAGAGGUGGCAGGGGAGGUUGGCGUUCGCGGUGAACGACGAGGACGAGGACGAGGAGUGCGACGUGUUCUCGGGGAGCUGGGUGCGGGACGAGGAGGCGCACCCGCUGUACCGGGAGGAGGAGUGCCCCUACAUCCAGCCGCAGCUCACCUGCCAGGCGCAGGGCCGCCCCGACAGGGGCUACCAGUCCUGGCGAUGGCAGCCGCACGACUGCACCCUCCCCGCGUUCAACCCGACGCAGAUGCUGGAGACGCUGCGGGGCAAGCGGAUGAUGUUCGUGGGCGACUCGCUGAACCGCGGGCAGUUCACGUCCAUGGUGUGCCUCCUCCAGUCGGCCAUCCCGUCCCCGGAGGCCAAGUCCUUCGAGAUGUCCCCCGACCAGCAGCACACCGUGUUCACCGCCAGGGAGUACAACGCCACGGUGGAGUUCUACUGGGCGCCCUUCCUGCUGCAGUCCAACGCGGACGACGCCGUGGUGCACAAGAUCUCCGACCGGAUGGUGCGCAACGGCUCCAUCGCCCACCACGGCCGCCACUGGGAGGGCGUCGACGUCCUGGUCUUCAACACCUACCUCUGGUGGUGCACCGGCCUGCGCUUCAGGGUCAUGAACGGGCCGAUCGGGGACGCCAGGGAGGAGGACGCGGUGUGGGUGUCCACGGAGGAGGCCUACGGCAUGGCGUUCCGGGACAUGCUGCAGUGGGUCAGGGACAACAUGGACUUCAACAGCACCAGGGUCUUCUUCACCAGCAUGUCGCCUACCCACGGCAAGAGCCAGGACUGGGGGGACGCGCAGGGGGGCAACUGCUACAACGAGACGGCGAUGAUCGAGGACGCCGAGUACUGGGGCACGGACGCGCGGCGGAGCGUGAUGCGAGUGAUCAGGGAGAUCCUAGACGGCGAUGGCGCCGACGUGCCGCUCACGUUCCUCAACGUCACGCAGCUGUCCAUGUACCGCAAGGACGCGCACACCUCCAUCUACAAGAAGCAGUGGAACCCGCUGACGCCGGAGCAGGUGGCCGACCCCAGGACGUACGCCGACUGCGUCCACUGGUGCCUACCGGGACUCCAGGACACGUGGAACGAACUCCUCUAUUCCAAGCUCUUCUACCCUUGAUCACGCACGUUUAUUUUCACUUACUACAAGUACUCGUAGGUUGUAGUGAGGCCACCUAACGGAUCUCUAAUAGCCGGUUAGAAUAGUAAAAGGAAAAGGUUUAAAAUCUAUGGGAUGAUAACAGAAAAAGAUAAACCAUGUGCAUUGAUUGA